AUGAAUGGCGUCGAGAUUAAGCGCUUCGUGCGCUAUUUCUAUGACCCUCCUCCAAAAUAUGAUGACAUGUCCGGCACAUCAAUAUGGCUGCUGGGGAAAGAAUACAAGGCCACACCACCGAAGCCGGUAACCACAACCGACCAUGACGAUGUGGUCGAGGUGGAGUCCUCUUCGGAAUCACACGAACCAUCAGACGCGGCGAGUGCCCCAUCCACUGUCCCAGAGACACAGCAGCAACAUGAACAAACGUCGCACCUGAACGCUCCCGAGUCACAAAACACAAGUAGCUUCGAUGACGCACAGCUUGUCACAGGUGGCGAGGACACCCCUUCACUAUCGAACGACCCUUCGGACCGCGGCUGGCCUAUCCCCUUUCUCGAUGACCUCGAGUCGCGAGUAUGGAUGACCUAUCGCUCAAACUUCACUCCCAUUGCCCGCUCGCAUGACACCGAGUCCAGUACCGGCCUCUCCUGGUCGGUCCGGCUUCGCAACCUUACCGAAAGGGAAGGCUUCACUAGCGACACGGGCUGGGGCUGCAUGAUCCGAUCGGGACAAUCUCUCCUUGCCAACGCACUGAUAAUGCUCCAUCUAGGGCGAGACUGGCGGAGAGCAGGCACGCAUACGUCCCGAACAGCAUCUCCUCCUCCGCCAUCUAGCGGGGCAACCACGGACACCUCUCUCUCGACACAAACAGAGGCUUCUAUCCUCUCCUUGUUCGCCGACUCACCUUCCGCCCCCUUCAGCAUCCACCGCUUCGUCCACCACGGUGCCACCUCCUGCGGAAAAUACCCGGGUCAGUGGUUCGGCCCCUCCGCCACGGCCAGCUGUAUCCAAGCCCUCAGCGCAGAGUGCGCCUCUGCGGCCGGCUUGCGCGUCUACGUGACCCCCUCGGCGAGCGAAGUCUACGAGGACAAGUUCCGGUCCAUCGCCCGCGCAAGCGCUACAGAUGGCACAAUAAAACCCACCCUGAUUCUAUUAGGGAUACGCUUGGGACUGGAUCGCAUAACGCCCGUCUACCACGAAGCCCUGAAGAGCAGUCUGACAUACGCGCAAAGCAUCGGCAUCGCAGGCGGACGCCCCUCGUCCUCUCACUACUUCAUCGGCUGCCAGGGCGACUUGUUCUUCUACCUUGACCCUCACGAAACGCGGACUUCUCUGCCCUACCACGCGUCCUCCGCCGAAUACACCGAGGAGGAGAUCUCGACAUGCCACACGCGCCGUCUGCGCGGACUGCGCAUUUCUGAGAUGGAUCCCUCCAUGUUGAUCGGGUUCCUGAUCAAAGACGAAAGUGACUGGCAAGAUUGGAAGCGGAGGCUCAAAGAAACAAAAGGCAAGGCAAUCGUGCAUGUGCUGGAUAAAGAGCCGCCCGUCCCCGGGGAGAGCAGGGAGCGGAAAGAGGCCGUGGACGAGGUCGUCAGUUUCGACGACGAAGAAGAAGAGGAUGACGAGACCGUCACGGUAACGGGCAAGGAGGACGAAGAGGGUGUCAGGAUGGAAGCGUCCAUGGGCGAGUCAGGCGGCACCGCACACCCCGAAGCUGGAGACGAUGCAGUCAAGGUUUCGGUGCCACAACGAGACACGGCUGUGGAGGCAGUGUAA